AAGCCAACAAAAGUAAAUGUGGGGAUGAACAUUCUAAACAGAAAGGAGGUGAAAAGUAAUAGCCACAAAAGAACAUAUGUGGAAGGAAAAUGGCUUAAAAAUAAACAUUGGUCACUAUCCCUACUUGGUUAAGUCAAAUCGCCCUUGGGCUAGCUCCUUGGUGUUUUAUGGGCCGUCACCGGUCCUCCAACUGUCCUACUGCCACUUACUACUGAGCAUUGAAGUCUAACUGAACCUCCUCUGCAUGGCGCCUUGUCAUUCAUCAUUUCUGAUGAUAUCCGAUCUUGUAGCAUCCAAAAUUCCAAAUAUUAAUAGGCACCUUGGACUCUUGGAGGAUCACAGAGAGGACUGAGGACAUACAUCUCAUCUGUCCAACCAUAUGCAUCUGCAACUCCUCACUUCUCCCAUGCUGUGACUCGUGAGCUCUCAGAAAACUUGCAAGAAACACACAGGAGCGUCUGACGGUGGGAUCAACAACAACAAGAAGGAAAUCUUCGCAUCUGAUUAUUUCGUUGGGUUUCGCCUUGAACAGACCAGAGCGCCGCUCGUGUCGCCCCCGUGGGCGACCCAGGAGGACGCCGCCACCGUGACCACGGCCGCUCCCCCCCUCCACCUCGCCGCUGCCGGAGCGCCCCGCCGGAAGCCUGUGCGGGUGCAUGGAUGGCGGCUGCGGGGCCUCCUCCAUCGGGUUUCCUUCCCUCACGGAAUCUCCUCUCCCUGUCCAUGGGAGAAACCAUGGCCGGCGUGUGCAGCUGGCUCUGCAGGCCGCCGGUGACAAGAUCCACUACCUGCCUAGGAUAUUGCGUCUCCCCCCUCUCCACACCCUCCCCUUUUAGAGCUUGGUACUUGGUACUUGCUGGCGGUCAUGGCAACCGGUGGCAAUGGGGCUUGUUCUCGCCAGAUCCGGUCCCCCCGGGACUAGAUCCUGUGCCUCCUCGGCCAGUGGCGGCAGGGCUCGUCAUGCGCACCAUGUGUGGCAGUAUGGCGCUGUUUCUCUCCGCCCCUCGGGCAAGGCGUGGCUUCUCUGCGGCGCUUCUAGCGGCGCGCGCGCGCGCGCGCGUGUGUGUGCUGGACUCUGCUCCGGCGCUCCCUCGUGCUGAUCCAGCGGCUCCCCACGGGGCAUCUAGAUCUACGCGGGGCCGUGCCCGGGCAUGCUGUGCCUCCAGGCGAGGGCCAUCCUAUCGCUGGUAGCGUCAGGGUGCUCCCAGGUGGGUGCGAGUGUUGGGACACGACCACCUGGCACUACACAGGAGCUGCGGGUUCAGCGCCGGUGCUGGUGGCGUGUGGGAUUGGAGAGGGAGCCCUUGGCGAAAGCCAUGCCCGGCUCGCGGGCUGGCGAUGACGAUGCCACUUGGCACCGUUCACCUUCCUGAAGGCGUCGUCGUGCUCCUCCCCUUCCUGCACCCUGAAGGCCUUCGGGUGAAAACCUUGCUCUGUGUACCAUGCCUGCUCUGUGGCUUCUCCCUCCUUACUCUUCGUGGAUGAGGUCGGCAUUGGAUGUUGUCUGCCAUCGUGGUUUGGGGGCAAAGAUGGAGUUGGAGGACCAGGACGGCGACGGAGAUGGGAUCGUCGGAGUGAGAGGACAAGGUGGGAUCAGAGCGUUGCCGUGCAUCUUCGGUAUGUGGCUGGUUGGUUGAUUUUGGUGUAAAGUGUAUAGACACUGUUUUAGGUUCAGUCCCUUCUCUUCUAGAUUGUGUUAGGAAGCAGCUAGCUGUAUCUCCUCUUCAGAACUCAGUAGUAGUAGUAAAGACUAUAGAGUAACCAAAAUUAGUGCAUAUGUGAAAUCUCUUUUUUUAAAAAUGUUUAAUGCCUCAAAAAAUUCUUUAAGUGUUUACAUUGCUGCAUCAUCAUUCAACUCUUGCUUUGUUCCACUUCCAUUUAUUACAAAGAAAAUAACAAGGCCCGGUUUGCAUGGGCCGGUGUCACGCAGUGCCCCCGGCCCACUUUCCUUAGCUUCUUUUGUUCUCAACGCGUGACACGGACAUUGCAUAGCAUGCCAAUCUUGUUUUUGUUCUCAACGCGUGACACUGACACUGCAUAGCAUGCCAAUCAUGCAUAGCCACCCCUACAAAAGUAAGCAAAUUGAACUUGACCAAAUGGUGAUGCGAGUACUACAUCGACAGCUCGUUCAUCUUGCUGGCUCUGCAUCACUCAUCCAGUCAGUGAAGGGACUGGAUGCAGCCUGUACACGUCUGCACUUGCAAAAAAAAUAGUGGUCCUGUACACGUCUGCACUUGCAAAAAAAAUAAUGGUGGAGUACACGCAUCUUUCUUCAUAGGUACAGUGCUGCUGUAGUAGGCUGGGUACAGAACUGAUGGUAGUCAUCAGUGACAUAACAUGGAUAAAUGAGGCGCCUGCAAAAGACGCGAAAAAGAAGUGUAACCUCCUUUCACAAAACCCGCACAAGUUAACAUUCACAAAUAGCUGCUUCCUUCGUUGAAUUUUUGGCAGAACUUCUCCAUCUUUGCAUCCAAAAGGGAAAAGUUUGUAGGUGCUACUCCAUCUUAGAUGGGCAAGCAAACGGAAACGAUGGCGAUGUGCGUGCACAUGCUGCGUUCCAGACCAAAAGAAAAACUUGCAUGCGAGGGUUUCCGAUUCACCUAGACGGGAGCUACUAGCUGUCGGCCUUGUGACCUACCUACCGUCUACCGAUGAAUCUAUUUAGCGCCUGAUCCCGGCGACCUGGUGCAAAGAUCCAGCGGCGCCCCUCCGGCCAAAUCUCUUUCAGUAGCAUUUGCAUUUGGUCUCGGCUGCCGCUGCAUCAUGGAGCGCUCCCUUGCUGCUGAGACUGAACCAGCCGAAGAAGAGCGCUUGAAGGGGAAGAAGGGCGGGUUCAGAGCCCUCCCGUUCAUCUUCUCAAAUGAGAUGCUGGAGAAAGUUGCUGGAUUCGGGCUCAACACCAACAUGAUCACCUACCUGACCAACAAGUACCACCUGAGCACCGUCACCUCCCAAACGAUGCUGUUCGUGUGGAGCGCGGCGUCCAACUUCGCGCCCAUCCCCGGCGCAGUCGUCGCCGACAUGUACCUCGGCCGGUUCAUGGCCGUCGCGCUAGGCUCCAUCUCCUGCCUGAUCGGGAUCGUCUUCCUGUGGCUGAGCGCCACGAUCCCCGGAGCGCGCCCGCCCCCCUGCAGUAGCGGCGAGCACUGCGCGCCGCCGGGGGCGAGGCACCUCGCGUGGCUGCUCGCCGGCUUCGCGUUCCUGUCCGUCGGCGCAGGCGGCGUGCGGCCGUGCUCCAUGGCGUUCGGCGCGGACCAGUUCUCGAGGCACCCCAAGGAGCGGCGUUCCAGGAUCCUGCAGGCCUACUUCAACGCCUACUACGCGUCGAUCGGCGUGGCCUUCUCGGUCGCCGUCACGGCCAUCGUGUACCUGCAGGACAACGUCGGGUGGAGCGUCGGGUUCGCCGUGCCGAUGGGCCUCAUGCUGCUCUCCACGGUGAGCUUCUUCCUGGGAUCGGGCCUCUACAUCAAGGAGAAGGGGAAGAGGCUGAUGUUCUCCGGGAUAGGCGCCGCCGUCGGCGCGGCGAUCAGGAACCACCGGGCGCGGUUGCCGGCCAAGACCGGCGACGGCGUGUACCAUCACCUCAAGGACUGCAAGCUCACUGUCCCCACGGACCAGCUGAGGUUCUUGAACAAGGCGUGCAUGAUCGGCAGCACCGAGGAGGGCUCGGGCUCGCCCAGCAACAGCGGCAGGAGGCCGUGCACGGUGGACCAGGUGGAGCAGCUCAAGUCGGCGAUCCGCGUGCUGCCGAUCUGGUCGUCCACCAUCUUCCUCGCGCUGGCCAUGAACCAGAGCUUCGCCGUGAAGCAGGCCGACACCAUGGACCGGCGCGUCGGCAAGGGCCGGUUCCAGGUGCCCAGCGGCUCGCUGGCCCUGUUCAACAUGGCCACGAUGUCGCUGUGGUCGGCUAGCUACGACAGGUGGGUGGCGCCGGCGCUGCGGUGGCACACGGGCAACCCGCGCGGGCUCACCAUGAAGCAGCGCAUCGGCGGGGGCCUGCUCCUCGCCACCGCGUCGUCGGCCGUCUCCGCCGUGGUGGAGGGCGCACGGCGGCGGCAGGCGCUGAGCGGGGACACCAUCUCGGCGUUCUGGCUGGUGCCGCAGUUCGCGCUCGUGGGGCUCGCCGAGGCGUUCGGCGUGAUCGGGGAGAUCGAGUUCUUCUACACCGAGCUGCCCAAGAGCAUGGCCAGCUUCAGCAUGUCGCUGCUGUACAUGGCGUUCGGCGUGGGCAACCUCGCCGGCGCACUCAUCGUGAAGGUGGUGCAGGUGGCGAGCAGGCGCGGGGGGAACACGAGCUGGCUCGUCGACGACUUGAACGCCGGCCACUACGACUACUACUACUGGUUGCUCACGGGCUACGGCGUGGUGAACUUCGUCUACUUCGCCUGGUGCUGCUGGGUGUACGGCGAGGAGGGGAAGAACGUGGAGUGGGAAGAGGACGACGACGGGGACCAGCCGAUCCUGUAGUCUCGUGGUGAAGCCUGAGCUCGGACGGCUCUGUGUUAGUACCGUCAGGGCGGGCCCAGGAUUUUGGGAAUGGGUAUUCAAAAUUUUCGAAGGGUGAAUUUUUUUACAGCUUAAAGUGCAGAUUCAUAACACAUAAUCUAGAAAUUGACAUCAAUAUAGAUAUACUAAAUGAUCAA